AUGCCUAAUUAUCUUGAUGACAAAGAGAUUACUAAUCUAGUCAUUCACAGACAAAAUUGGGUGAUGGAUACCACAGGAAGAAUGAAGUUUGUUUGGUAUUUGCCUACCGAGUUUCCGCAAUAUGCUAUGAACAGACAAUAUCCAGCUGACCAUGUGAGGAAAGUGUAUCAAGCUAAGUUCAUGACAAUAAAAUCUUCCGUUAACAAGAAUUUGAGAUUGGAUGCCCCUCCCAACUCUGUUCAGGUUCCUCAUGACAGGUUGGAGACUAUUAAGCUUGUUCCAGAAAAUCUUCAUUGGGUUUCCUGUCAUCUGCUCUUUUCAAUUGUCCUCAACCUUUUGAUAAAAUCCCUCCGUGCUGCUAGAGUUAUUCAAGAUCCUCCCAAAUCCUCAGAGAUUCAAAGCCAUUUACACUCCAUAUCUGGUCUGUUUUUGGGUCCUGUUGGUUGCCCUUGCCUUUUCUCCUUGAUGUGCUAG